AGAAAUGAUGAAAAUGCUACCCUUUCUCCAAAGUGGUCCUAUUGGAAUACGCAAAGACUCAAAGGAUUGCAUUGAGGAAAAUAGGCAACUUGGAAAUCCUUCAACAUCCAUAUCUGGGCAAGUUUCAGUUUGCCCUGAAGACUGGUCCAAAAGUUAUGUAAAAACAAGUGAAAAGCAAGAGGCAACCUGCAGACACUCACGUACAUCUUCCAUCGCAAGCAAUGGGAGCUGUGCCUCUUCUGGGGAGAUUCCUGAAAAGGGGAAGAAAGGACUGAUAGGAAUCCUUAAGAGUGCUCUUAAGAAGAAGAAGGACUCCAAGCCACUCAGCAUAAAACAAAUCAUGGAACUCAUUGAAGAGAAUAAGUUUUCUGAUGCUUCCCAGCACCUGAUUGUCCUAGAAAAGAGUCUUUCUAUCAGAAGUGAUGAGGAGUUGAAAAUCAGACAGCAAGACAUCGAAGCCAUCUAUGAAAUUCUGAAGAGCAAAGUCUUUGACAUCUUGAAAGAAUCUAUACUUCUAGCAGCAGUAAAACCAGAUUUAUUGCAGCAAGCAGUAGAUGCAUUAAAAGAACUGGAGAAAGAAGAUCAGAAUUACUUGUCAGAGGAUCCACUUGACCAAAACAGGCAAUCUAGACCUAGAAAAUGGAAGGAGAUUUGGAUGGCUACAGUGAAGGAGUCUGUAGAGACUCGAAUGAAAGAUACCCAUCGUACUCCAACAACUGAGAACCUCUCUACAGCUGGCCAAAAUCUCCUGCACAUGGGGAGGACAAUGAAAGAGGAUUUGACAGUAGUAGUGCAGCGCAUUAAGCAGCUUUAUCCUCCUGACUUUAACGUGUGCGGCACAUAUGCAGAAUUCUACCACAAUUAUUUUGCUUCCCAGCUGAAGAAAACUGCUGAAUCUCAGCUGGAAGACAAGGAUAUUUACCUUCUCCUUUCAUGGGUGCACAACAUUUAUCCAAAUGACAUAAGAAAAGAUCGUGUUUUAGCAGAGGAGCUGGGAAAAGUUAAGCUUGGAAGCCUUUUGCCAUCAAGUCUGGUCAAAGAGCUUGAAAAGAAAUACCUUGGCAGUGAAGAGGCUGCUGUCAAAAAUUGUCUAGGUAGAUGUUUAGAAAUGGAAAUCCAAAGAUGGAAAGGAGAUCAAGAACCCGAAAAACUUGAUGGCCAUUUUCACAGUGAAUUAGCAAUACUUGCUAUCCAGAAUGUCUAUGGAGGGCAGAAGCGAGCUGAUGAUCUCAGCGCUGCGUUGGGUGAAGAGAUAGCACCUUGUCUGUCAAGGGAGCUGGCCACCUUUCUGAGAAGCUACAAGGACGCUUUUGAGGAAUUCAAAGAGAAGAGCAAGAAGCAGAAGUUCUACAAGCCUAUCCUGAUGGCAAACGUUAACAACUGCCAACAUUUUAGAAACUACACAGAGAAAAACAUAGCUGAAAAGGAUGAUAACAAAGCCAGUAUUCUCAGCACACUCAGUGACAUUGAAAACAGCGGCUUUGACGUCCUGCUCCAACAACUGUUUGCAGAGCUGAAGCCAAUUUAUAAGAAGUUUACAGAAAACAAGUGGGAUUCCAGUGAUGAAAUUAUGAAUGCAAUCAUUAAAACAACAGGAAAAUAUAUUUCAGACUUCCAGAGCCUAAAUGACCCUUCUUACAAGGCUAUUGUAGAAAAAGUCCAUGUCCAUUUGGUUAAAGAGUACAUUGUGAGGCUGCUGAAGAGAAGAGUCAGCCUGAAAAGCCCAGUGCAACAGCAAAACCUGGCACAAAACAUCUCCAAGAACGCUGCUGCCCUGGAAGCCUUCUGCACCAGCAAUGGAUCUCAAGCCUCAUGGUUGAAUUCUGCACUCCCCAAACUCGCUGAAAUAAUCCGACUUCAAGAUUCGGGUGCUAUUAAAAUUGAAGUUGCAACACUUGCCACAGUGUACCCAGACAUUCGCAAAAGGCACCUUGAAGCUUUCCUGCACAUCAAGGCGAAUUUGACACGUGGUGAACUAAAAAGCAUCCUGAACUACUUGGCAGAUAGCACGGCAUCCUCACCUCCAAGUGCACCGUUGUUCUCUAAUAUAAAUGUGUCCUAGGCCAAAGGCAGCCCUUGGCAUCCUUACUGUACAGGAUGGUAUAGCUAAGCUAGUGAAAGCCCCCCAGGGGCAGGGAUGGAGACAGUCCCUUGGAGCAAUGCUAUGCAUAGCGUUCACUGCCAUAUUUUCCUACGGAAAGUAUUUUAUUCUAACUUGGUGCUC